AUUCACCAGGCUAUGGUAACAUCUCUAAAUGAAGAUAAUGAAAGUGUAACUGUUGAAUGGAUUGAAAAUGGGGAUACAAAAGGGAAAGAGAUUGAUUUGGAGAGCAUAUUUUCACUUAACCCAGAUCUUGCGCAUGAUGAAGAUAUUGAGCCUAGCCCAGAGGCACUACCACCCCCUGCUUCAUCAGCCAAAGUAAACAAAAUUGUGAAGAGUCGACGAACUGUGUUACCUACUAAGAAUGAUCCUCCUGCCAGAGAUAAUAGAGUGGUUGGUUCUGCGCGUGCACGACCUACUCAGCUUCCCGAGCAGUCUUCCUCCUCUCAACAGAAUGGUAGUGUUUCAGAUAUAUCUCCAGUUCAAGCUGCAAAAAAGGAAUUUGGACCCCCUUCACGUAGAAAAUCUAACUGUGUAAAAGAGGUUGAAAAAUUGCAAGAGAAGCGCGAAAAAAGAAGGUUACAGCAGCAGGAACUUAGAGAAAAGAGAGCUCAGGAUGUUGAUGCUACAAACCCAAAUUAUGAAAUUAUGUGUAUGAUAAGAGAUUUCAGGGGAAGUUUGGAUUAUAGACCACUGACAACUGCAGAUCCUAUUGAUGAGCACAGGAUUUGUGUUUGUGUACGAAAACGACCACUCAAUAAAAAAGAAACUUUAAUGAAAGACCUUGAUGUAAUAACAAUUCCUAGUAAAGAUGUUGUGAUGGUACAUGAACCAAAACAAAAGGUGGAUUUAACAAGGUACCUAGAAAACCAAACUUUUCGUUUUGAUUAUGCCUUUGAUGACACGGCUCCUAAUGAAAUGGUUUACAGGUUUACAGCUAGACCAUUAGUGGAGACCAUAUUUGAAAGGGGAAUGGCCACUUGUUUUGCAUAUGGACAAACAGGCAGUGGGAAAACCCAUACUAUGGGUGGCGACUUUUCGGGAAAGAACCAAGAUUGUUCUAAAGGCAUAUAUGCACUAGCAGCUCGAGAUGUCUUUUUAAUGCUAAAGAAGCCAAACUAUAAGAAGUUAGAACUUCAAGUGUAUGCAACAUUUUUUGAGAUCUACAGUGGUAAGGUUUUUGACUUGUUGAACAGGAAGACAAAAUUAAGAGUGUUAGAAGAUGGUAAACAGCAAGUCCAGGUCGUGGGAUUGCAGGAGCGAGAAGUCAAAUGUGUUGAAGAUGUUCUUAAGCUUAUUGAAGUAGGCAACAGCUGCAGGACAUCUGGCCAGACAUCUGCAAAUGCACACUCAUCUCGAAGCCAUGCAGUGUUUCAGAUUAUUCUCAGAAGGAAAGGGAAAUUGCAUGGUAAAUUUUCUCUGAUUGAUUUGGCUGGCAAUGAAAGAGGAGCAGAUACUUCGAGUGCAGAUAGGCAGACACGACUGGAAGGUGCAGAAAUUAACAAGAGCCUUUUAGCACUCAAGGAGUGCAUUAGAGCCUUAGGUCGAAAUAAACCUCACACACCAUUCAGAGCAAGUAAACUUACUCAGGUGCUAAGAGAUUCAUUCAUUGGAGAAAACUCACGUACCUGUAUGAUUGCUACGAUUUCUCCAGGGAUGGCAUCAUGUGAAAACACUCUAAAUACAUUGAGAUACGCAAAUAGGGUGAAGGAGCUGACAGUUGAUCCUAGUGGUGCAGGAGAUAUCCGUUCCAUUAUACACCAUGCUCCCAAUCAGAUGGAUGACUUAGAGACACAGUGGGGUGUGGGAAGCUCUCCUCAGAGAGAUGAUCUCAAACUGCUUUGUGAACAAAAUGAAGAAGAAGUUUCUCCGCAGUUGUUUAGUUUCCAUGAAGCUGUGUCACAAAUGGUAGAAAUGGAAGAGCAAGUAGUAGAAGACCACAGGACCGUCUUCCAGGAAUCCAUUAGAUGGUUGGAAGUUGAAAAACUACUUCUUGAGAUGACAGAAGAAGUGGACUAUGAUGUGGAUUCUUACGCUACCCAACUUGAAGCAAUUCUAGAGCAAAAAAUUGAUGUUCUGACUGAACUUAGAGACAAAGUGAAAUCCUUCCGGGCAGCUCUACAAGAAGAGGAACAGGCCAGUAAACAGAUCAACCCGAAAAGACCACGUGCCCUUUGAAAAGGGCCUCUGCUGCUAAAAGAAUCAUGAACCUGUACUGCUGUAGCACACAUUUGUUACAAAACCUAGUGACCGAGAGAACUCAACUACUUGAAAGUGUAAAAAUGUUAGAAAUGUUUGUGGAAAUCUCCUGUUUCUUAUUCACCUGAAUGACAUUUUCAGUUUUAUGUGAAAUGCUCCUGAUGUCUACAAAAUGCUUCUAGACCAGACAGCACAACCUGCAGGGUUCAGAUCUGUGAAGCACUUUGUUCUAAAUAUUUCAUUUAUUCCAAUAGUGAAAUGUUUGGAAAUACUUGCCAUAUUUUUAAUAAAGUAAAACUGUGGCCAUUAAAAAGUCACAGCACUUCCUUCUGACCAUGUUCAGUUUUAUGACAAAGACCAGCUGUGCAGUUUAAAAUUGUGGCGUGCAUGCACACCUCACUAGUGGUUUUACGUAACUUCUCUUCCACAAACAGCUGUGCUUAACUCUUCCCAUUCUGUGCCUUGAUGAAGGCUACUUAACCCUAAAUAUCCUCUUUCUGAAGCACAGCCUUAAAAAAUACAUUCCUUAUUUGUCAAUAUAAAUUACUUUAGUGUGUGUGUUUCAAGAAGACUUAUUUUUUGGUGGAUAGUUUCAUUUCACAGGAUGUGCCAUAUCAUUUUAAGAGGAACUGCAGGCUGUUAAGAGUGGUUGAACAGCUGGACAUUCCAUUUUUCGUGUGAAAGUCUGGAAUCUUGAUUUAUUUGGGUACCAUUAAGAAUAGUUAUACAAUUUUAACAUCUGUAACAAUUAAAAAAAAAAACCAAAAAAACCAACAAAUCAACAAAAACCCACAAAAAUAUAAAUCAGUCAAUGUAUAUUAAAGGGUAAUGUUUUAAGUACUGAGGAGAGUUGUAUCUUAGGAUAAUGCAGAUAAUAUGAUAUGUGGUAUGGUGUGAUAAUGCUAUGUAUGGAUAAGUUAACUAUCAAACUUUGGGGAUAUAUAUGUCCAUACUGGCCUUUCACAUACUGUUUUAAAAACUUGGAUUUUGAUGCAUGACAAAGUUACAUGUACAUUAACCGUAGUUUGCAGGUAGCUUGAGUAGUUCUGUUGCUUUAAGAAGUAGCUAAUACCUAUUUUUCCCUUUGUACAGUGCCAGCAGCUGAAAAGUGGGGUGAAAUUGCAUCAUUUGACGAUUUUGCACAAUACCUCUACCUAGCGCUAAUAGAAAUCCCACAAAUACCUGAAUUCUCACAAAUGGCGCCAUGUGUAUCAGCACUUUUUAGGUGGUGGCACUCAAGUUAUUUUUGCAAGUCAGUAUGCAAAAAAGAUUGACUUUUCAUGUAAGAACUGUAGAUCUCUCUAGGAGUUCUCCCUCUUUCCAGGACUUUGUAUCAGCAGACUUUCCCUUGGAAAUGUUUAAAAACUACUUUUGGAAUACAAGCCUGGAGGGGGGAAUAAAGGGAAGGCAAUGAAAAGAGAGUUAAAUGAGCCAGAACUUCUUGUAGUGUUUAAUGUUUGUAUCUCCCAUAGAAAGGUAGGCUAUGGGAAGCUCUUGUCGCAUCAUGGUUAAAAAUAAAAAAAUCCUCUUGUGUGUAAACAUGAAAACUGAAACAAUGUAGAUUUUACAUAAUGUGUUUAAUAAAUUAAGCUAUUAAAUGAA